CCGGGGAACAUGGCCACGCAGGUGUUUCGCCACCUGAUUCAGGAAAAGAUGCGCAACAUAUGACAGUGCACAACUCCCCCUCCCCCUCAUUUGUGAUGCAAAAUACCCAAUCCAUUCUUUGCCUCUUGGCAAUGUUUGCAUGACAAGUUCUCGUAGCCCAAAUAGCACUGCACUCCAGUGCAAAUUUGUCAUGCAAAACCGGCACUCUUUCUCUUGCUGAUGCUUGUAUUGCCGUUCAUGCUAUACAAAUGAGGGGGAGGGGGAGUUGUGCACUGUCAUACAACAUCGACGUGCAGGUGGCGGGGUUUCUGCGUCGCGUGUUUCUGCGGGACCCGGAUGGGUUCAUGCGAGAAACGCCCUUUCCGCGGCUCGUGGACAAGUGGCUGAGCAUGGAAAAAGCGGCGAUUAUCCUGAGCAAAAACGUCCCCACACGACCAGAAUCAAGAUGGGAAAUUUGCUAUACAAAUCAACCAGCUCUGGUUGUUUCGCAUGACAAGUUUGUCCUCCUAAUGUAAUCCUGUUCAGCUAGUUCAGCAGCAUCACAGAUCUAGCGCAUCGCGCUGAUUGGAGCAUGGCAAAUUCCGAGACACGACGAGAAAUCUCCUCUUAUGGGGCUCCGCAUGAGAAAUUAUGAAGGGACAAAAUACCCAAACCUCACUCAUAAACCACCUUAUUACUUUUUCAAAAAAAGCAUUACCGAAACAUUGCAUUUUCAGAAUUCAAACAUUGCACUUUUGCAAAAAUGAAAUGCUCUUUUGCAUUUUUGGGUAGGACCGAAAAACUCACAUCCGGGAUCGAAAAAACCGAAGGUCGAACUGCAAAGCCUCGAUCUCGAACUUCAAAGCCUCGAUCUGCGAAUUUCAAAAGCCGAUCUGCGAAUUUCUAUUCCGAUCUGCGAAGUUUCAACCUCCUUCGCAACCGUCCGCAGUUUCACUUUUUUACCGAAAUAGCAAAAUCGAAAACCUGUGGUCUAAUAAAAAACCACAACUCUGCGCCCCUUCUCCCCAGUGACAGACUUUCCCGCCUGCGCGCAGCGCGCGCGGGUAUUCUCUCGAAGCCCAGCGGACAAAAUCCUCCAUGCGGGAGAUAAAAUCCGCCAUCCCGGAGAAAAAACAUCGCCGGCUAGGAGAAAAAAUCGGCUGGCUCAGGACGCCAAAAAUCUGGCAACGGCGGAUAAAAUCUGAAAGCCUGUCAUUUUGGGCCAAAACUCCCAAAAUAUCCGGAAAUUGUGGCCCGAAUUCCGGAUUUUUUGGCGAAAAGUGGCGAAAGUGACGGGUUUGCUGACUUUGUCCGGCAGUCGCCGAUUUUCUGGGCCCCCAAGGAGGCAGAUUUUUUCUCCGAGACAGCGGAUUUUUUCUCCGGGAUGGCGGAUUUUAUCUCCCGCAUGGAGGAUUUUGUCCGCUGGGCUUCGAGAGAAUACCCGCGCGCGCUGCGCGCAGGCGGGAAAGUCUGUCACUGGGGUGAAGGGGCGCAGAGUUGUGGUUUUUUAUUAGAUCACAGGUUUUCGAUUUUGCUAUUUCGGUAAAAAAGUGAAACUGCGGACGGUUGCGAAGGAGGUUGAAACUUCGCAGAUCGGAAUAGAAAUUCGCAGAUCGGCUUUUGAAAUUCGCAGGUCGAGGCUUUGAAGUUCGAGAUCGAGGCUUUGCAGUUCGACCUUCGGUUUUUUCGAUCCCGGAUGUGAGUUUUUCGGUCCUACCCAAAAAUGCAAAAGAACAUUGCAUUUUUGCAAAAAUGCAAUGUUUGAAUUCUGAAAAUGCAAUGUUUCGGUAAUGCUUUUUUUGAAAAAGUAAUAAGGUGGUUUAUGAGUGAGGUUUGGGUAUUUUGUCCCUUCAUAUGAGAAAUAUUUUCAGCAUGCAGAUUUGCAUCGCACCUAUGGGGUGGGAACGGAACGUUUUUACAUAGGAUACCGAUGGGCGGGGCGUAUCUGAGCGGAUCGGGCUGCAAACUGUUUUUCCACGCCUCCUUGGAGAUGGCCAAGGCCUUCCAUUUGGGGUCCCCGCAGCAAAAGGCCUACUUCUUUCUCGAAGGCGG